AUGAUGAAUAAAGUAGCGCGAUUGGAGCUCGAGGUGAAUACGUUGCGUCAGGAGUUGGCGAAGAUUCGCUUUGAUCGGGAUGAGAUCUGCAGGAAGCAUAGAAAUCAUCUCAAGCUUUGUGCUGGUGGCGAUUGCUGCAAGAGAUUUCGUCUCGACGGCGAUGAUAAGGCUGCCGAAAAGGAUUUGUACAUCGCCUAUCUGGAGGAGCAGAUCAAGCAGACGCGUCUCAAAUACAAACAGCAAAUGGGAGAUGUCAAGUCAAGUGCCAGUAUCCUCGAGUCGAAGCUUCAAAAGGUGCGAGAAGAGAUGAGCUGCAUCACGGUUCGGGCUCGACAAGUGGACAAGUUGAAGAAGGAUGUGGAAGUAUUGAAGGCGAAGCUGGAACGUCGAAAUACGACAAUUGCCCAACACAAUGAACAAUAUGCUGGACUAUUGGGAUUAAUCUCAAACCUAGAUCUUCAGUCAAUGCCAGAAGGUAAUGACACAAGUGAGAUGCUAGGAAAUGCUUUAGUAUCCGACAAGAACAGAAAUAAUUCGAGAGUUGCUUUGGAGAAGAAGACGAAGAAGCCUAAACCAAAAUUGAAUUUUGUCUGUCUAAAUGCGGCACUCAGAAAAAAAGUAAUGCACAAUUAAUUGAGACAAACAAAUAUUCAAAUUGAUGGUUUACUUUGGCACUUCAGUAAAAAUUUUAAAAUCUUGCACUUUUAUAUAUUCGUAGUUGAAUCAGAAUUAUCGUAUAAAUCUUUUAUAUAAUGUAAUUGUCAAUUCUUCUUGUUCGAUUGCCAAGGCGGAACUUCGGUCAGCAUUUUCCAUUUUCCCAGAAUUUUCGACCUCAAGUUCAUUGACAAAGAUUUCCAACAAUUCGUUCAAGCGACGAUUAUGUAAAUCGGUUUUGUGUUGGGUUAUUGGACUGUGCAAAUUUCAUUAAAGUCGUAGUAUUUUACUAUA